UUGACUAAUUUGGACCGGCGUUCGAACCGGUUGAUAAUACGAAUGAAAGAAUCGCAAGCUGAUUUCUGCUUUGGGAUAGGGAAGAAGACUUGAUCUCCAAUUUGAUUUGGUUGUGGGUAACGGCUAAAUUCAUCAUCGUUUCGACUUCUCGAAUGUGUUUCCUUCCGGUCACCAUUUUGAGCGUGAAUUGCCAAUUUUGAAGAUAAUUACAGUUAGAAUCAAGAUCAAAUAGAAAGAUGGGUGUGAGACAAGCGAUAAGAAGCAUCGAUGCAUUUCCACGUGCAGAAGAGCACCUUUUGCAGAAAACCCAAUCUGGAGCACUUGUCUCAAUUGUUGGGCUGGUAAUAAUGGUGACCUUAUUUUUUCAUGAGCUUGGAUACUAUCUGACCACGUAUACAGUUCACGAGAUGGCUGUUGACUUGAAACGUGGAGAAACUCUUCCAAUCCAUAUAAAUGUUACAUUUCCAUCUUUACCUUGUGACGUUCUAAGUGUGGAUGCUAUUGAUAUGUCUGGAAAGCACGAGGUUGAUCUAGAUACUAAUAUUUGGAAACUCCGGUUGACUCGUGAUGGGCAAAUCACAGGCACGGAGUACUUGUCGGAUCUUGUGGAAAAGGAACACUCUGCUGAUCAUACGCAUGAUGGUAAUUCUACUUCAGACCACAAAGAAGGUCAUUUACAGGGUUUUGAUCUAGAUGCUGAAACUAUGAUCAAGAAGGUUAAACAAGCUAUCGCUAAUGGAGAAGGAUGUCGGGUAUAUGGAGUUCUAGAUGUUCAAAGGGUUGCCGGGAACUUUCAUAUUUCUGUGCAUGGUUUAAACAUUUUCGUCGCUCAAAUGAUAUUUGGUGGGGCUAUCAAUGUGAACGUCAGUCACGUUAUUCAUGAUUUAUCGUUUGGACCAAAAUAUCCGGGACUUCACAACCCGCUAGAUGGAACUGAUCGAAUACUUCGUGGUACAAGUGGAACAUUCAAAUACUAUAUAAAGAUUGUUCCUACCGAGUACAGAUACUUAUCGAAGGAAGUUUUACCAACUAAUCAAUUCUCUGUUACCGAAUAUUUCUCCCCCAUGAGCGAAACUGACAGGACUUGGCCAGCUGUCUACUUCUUGUACGAUCUUUCGCCAAUUACUGUGACAAUAAAAGAAGAACGGCGUAGUUUUCUCCAUUUCAUUACUCGACUAUGCGCAGUAUUGGGUGGAACAUUUGCCUUAACGGGUCUGUUGGAUCGAUGGAUGUACAGACUCUUGGAGACAAUCAUGAAGCCAAGAGCUGCAAUGCGAUGAACACGGAAUUUUACGACGAAAAUACCCUUUUUUUUCUUUGUUUUUAUGUAAUUGAUGAUUCUCCUCACCACCAUUAAGAUAGAUGCUAUUUUGGACAUUUCUCUUGUUUUGUUUGUAGAAAUGUAGUUUAAUCUUCACAACAAUAGAUUGGUUAUAUUUUGAUUCAA